UAGCUCUCAACACAAUCUGCACUCUUAUCUCGCAAAGUGUGUUUGAUCAGAAGCCACGUGCCCGCACUGCUACACAUCUUCGUGCUAUCGCAGUUUUACGUCUAGGACUAGGAGGACCUCCUACUCGCCUGCAGCUCCUUGUCGCUUGUUUUGGUUUUCACUACUUUUCAGUGUGUAGCUCUCACUGAGUCACUCCUGAUUUUAGUACGAGUCUUGCGUUCACUCGGCAUCACCCGCGACGCGUGGCCCAGUCCAUAAAAUACAGUAUCGUCAUGCUCUGCCUUGACAUAAUCACUGUAAGAUCAUCGAGAAAUCCGGGCGACCGUCUUGAGUUUUCCAGUGCUGCAGCGAAACAGCUCGGCACUGCCUUGUAGAAUUCAGCUAUGUAUUGUUGUUUGAAUGGCUGUGCGUAGUGUCUUCACAAAGCUCCUGUCCUCUAAAGCCAUCACUCCGCUAUAUACCGUCCUGCUGGUGAUUUUUGUAACCGCUUGUGUUCGCCAGUUCUUGCCUCGAGACCCGAUUGAUCUGUCACGAUACGCGCACGGAUUUCAGUUCGCCCGCCUCCUAGCCGAACCUCCCAUCAGUAAUGAUCUGGCCCAUCUCAACAAGCUAGUCGCUGGUUCAACCAGUAGCAGCAAUGACGAUGCACCGAUACUAGCUGCAAGCGACCACCGGGCACACAGUGUUGACCCAGCAAGUGGGACCAGGGGAGAACCUGCACACUCUGGUAUCUCAGCUACGCCAAGCAGUGGUGACUAUGCUCACCCGACUCUUCAUCCGGUGACGGACACAACUCCGCUGCUGCUGCCAAUCUUGCCGUACGGGCCCAACAAUCAGUUCCGCGGCUUUCGCGACGCGCUAGUGCUCGCCGAGUGGUUGAACCGAACGCUGGUCGUUCCGCCGUUCUUCAAGCAUCACACCGCAGUCACAGGUGGAACGGAAGACACGGCGGACGUCCAGGAUGUGUUUGACUGGGCUCAGCUGGCCAACCUGCAACCGAUGGUACACUGGGAGGCAUGGCAGGAGCUUUGCAACGGCACGAUAGAAGUGAUGUUCCAGUUCAAGUCAUUCAAACUGCAAAGCCUGCACGCACGUAUUGACCGAGUGCUGCAAAUUGUCGGCAUUCACCAGGCCUACGACAGUAUGGCUGCUAUUCACAAGCCUAUGCGGGUCACCAACUCAUUCAAAGCAUUGCUCACACCGGAAGAGGCGCAGGAGCGGUUCUCGUCGCCGCAGCGCUGCGCCGCCGUGCUCUUUCCGUACAAGCACGUGGACAUCAGUCACAACACAGUGGAGCUGGCGCUGCACCUCAGGCGCAGCAAGCACCUGCAGAAGCUGGCGGCGGUCUUUGCGUCCGCGCGCAUGUCCGUCGGGCCGUACGCUGUUCUACACUGGAGAUACAACAACGAAUGGGGAGGUGUGUGGUGUCAUCAGCCAGUGUCCGGACCCUACGAUGAAUCUCACCUCACAAAUCCAAACUUCCGGUCGAUCUGCAGAAAUGUGAUAGCGCUGAAUGUGUCCCACCUACCCAUCGUUCUCAACAGGCUGCUGAAGUCUCGUGACAUUCGUCAUAUCUAUGUUGCUACACCAGUCAGUGAAUUUUCUCCAGUCUUGCUUGCCCUGCGGCGCGACUUCCCUGGCUUGCUGACGUCUCGCGACCUGCUGGCUGUCGUUGGCGAAGACACCUACCUGCUCAAGCACGCGGGUCUGAAGCCGAUCGCGUCCAACUUUGAGCUCUCAAUUGUGGAGCAGGAAUUAGCAUCGACGGCGCCGACUUUCAUCGGCAGUAAGCAGUCGACCUGGUCGUCCAACGUUGUGUUUGAACGACAGGGCCUGUUCAACCGCAUGCGUACCUUCAGAGAACCAGUGAUUUGGAUCAACGACCUCAUAAGCUCGCCGUAGCAGUACUGCGGCGUGGCUUUUAGUCUAAACACAGUCAUGUUGAAGCAUGCACUGUCGACUCCUGAUACGACGAACACCAUUGUGUAGGAGAAAAUUCUUUAUAGCCGAAGGUCUUUAAAGUAAUCAAAAGGCACACAUACCAUUCAUGCAACACGUCAUGUCUGGCUUCUGGCCCAUGACUGUAUGAGUGCGCUUGGUUACAUGUGGCCCUACACAAUACGAUUCGUUACAAACAAACAAAAAACUGCUCUCUGCCGUUAAAGUGUCAAUUUUGUACGGGUUCAAUGAUAUGGGCAAUGGUUUACUAUGACAGGAACUUCAUGGUUCGCUAUGAGUGAGUCUGUUAUAAGCGGAGUCAAGUAACGCAGCUGAUAUUUUGCAAACUCUGCACUAUUUGCCUUGCAGCCUGAUUAUUUUUUAUUGAGCUCAUCACAUUAUAAUAUAGGUCGAAUUAUUUGAUAAUCUGCCAGAUCAUUUAGUUCAUUAUCACUGUA